GCGCACAAGAUGUAAGGCGAUGCGCAGGCGUGGAUUCAUUUCCCGAGUUUUCCGAUACUGAAUUAAAAUGACGCAGAAAUACUUCAUUGAAGGACAGGUGUACACUGUUCCAAUCAUCCAGUCAGACUUGCGCCGAGAGGAAGCCAUUCAUCAGAUUAGUGAUGCCCUUCAAUAUCUCCAGCAAAUCUCCAAUGAUGUGUUCACUAGGGUUUCCCAAAAUGUGGAGAGUAACCAAACUCGCUUGAGAUCUAUCAGUGACCGGAUCAACUUGGCACAAGCCAAGAUCAAGAAAAUCAAAGGCAGCAAGAAAGCUACUAAAGUCUUUUCCAGUGCAAAGUACCCUGCACCUGAGAGGCUUCAGGAUUAUGUUUCAAUUUUCACUGGUGUAGAUGACUCCAAUUUGCAGAAGCGUCCACGCUACAAGAUUCACAGCAAGUUGAAACCACUGGAUGAGAAGGCAGUGCAGGAGAAAGAAAUGCUUUAUCCUGUGUGUUUGAACACAAAGUCACGGGAGGACAAUGAAACGGAGGAAGGGCUGGGAAGCCUUCCACGAAAUAUCAGCUCCAUCAGUUCUCUUCUGCUUUUCAACACAACUGAGAACCCCUACAAGAAAUAUGUUCUAUUAGAUCCAUUAGCUGGUGCUGUCACAAAGACUCACACUGCACUAGAGACUGAGAAAGAGGAGAAGCCAUUUGAUGCGCCACUCUCUAUUACCAAGAGGGAACAGCUUGAAAGACGGACAACUGAGAAUUAUUUCUAUGUACCUAACCUGGGUCAGGUCCCGGAGAUAGACGUACCAUCCUACCUCCCAGAUUUGCCUGGCAUUGCAGAUGACCUCAUGUACAGUGCUGAUCUAGGUCCGGGUAUUGCACCGUCUGUACCAGGAAGCAAUAUGCCUGAACUGCCAAGUUUCAGUAUUGAACCAGUUUACACAAAUGGUCCAGAUCAACAAAAUACUAAUCUCCCACUGCCAUCUGUAGAACUUCCUCCACCAGAAUUACUGACACCAAUGAGUGGUCCUCCACCACCACCGCCUCCACCUCCACCUCCACCUCCAGUUGAGUCUACCAGCAGUCAACCUCCAGAUGGUAUUGUUCAGGGAGCACCUCAAGAAGUUGUAAAGCCCUCAAAUGGAAGAGCCAGUCUGCUGGAAUCUAUCCGGCAGGCAGGAGGAAUUGGGAAAGCCAAACUACGCAAUGCAAAAAACAUUAAGAUGGAAAAGAAAAAACAGAAAGAACAGGAACAAGGUGGAACAAGCGAAGGAGGAGGGAACCUGAUGUCUGAUCUCUUCAACAAGCUUGCAAUGAGGAGAAAAGGUAUUUCAGGUAAAGGUCCUCAACAUAGUGAGGGCAGUGGUGAAGGAACUGGAAGUGAGGUUCCUGUACCAGGUGGUGCUUUCGCUCGGAUGUCUGACGCCAUUCCACCCCUCCCACCUCCACAGCAACAAAAUGCUGAAGAUGAAGACGACUGGGAUGCAUGAGACUGACUGAUUUGGCAAACAUGUCUGCAUUAUGUCUAUGGUUCUUUGAAAACUUGAACUUCAGGCUUUAAUAUCUACCAAUUUGGCUCAAGCCUAGAAAUUUAUUUUCUUUAAGGGAAAAUAUUGUCUAUUAAUGUCUUUAAUAAUAGAUCUGAGCUUGAGAUCUGGAGACAAACAGGGUUCUUUACUGUACUGGCUCGAGUUUGCUACAUGGAUGGACAUAUCCAACUAAGUUAGCAGAGUUUUCAUCCUACACUUAAAUUAUAUCAAGUGGACUUUCCUGCAAUGCAGUGAGCGUAGCAGGGACAUGCAAACUGAUUGUAAUAAUGAACCAUUCAUAGCUUAUUUUAAGCAAAAUUUACUCAGGUAUAUUUUAUCCUUUUAUGAAAUAUAGUUUGAAGGCAACACCACAGUCUGCAUUAACCUUCAUCUUUAAAGUGCAAGUCACUAUUGAUGGUAAUUUAUUUCCAUGCUCUGCCAAAACCACUUUACCAGUUAUCAGACAGCAGCUGAUAAGAAAAAAAAAUCAGUAUGUUUUACAACUCUGUCAUACUAAAAUUAACUUAAUCAACUAAAUCUAGUUUAGGUAAAAUUUAGUGUACCUUAAUUGGUGUAAAAGCAUUGGUUUUGAAAGUUUGAUGUAUACAAAUGUUGGUAUCUCAAACUAUUGCAUAAAUAAGCUGCAGGUCAUGGAAGAUGCAUAGCCUAUCAUGCUUUGAGAAUGGAUGUGUUGUGAUUUAUUGCACAAGUCUUUGAAUAAACAGGACCAUUCCAAACAGUCCCCUAGUACAGUGCAACUUUCUUUUGCUGACCCAAGAAAUUCUGUUCAUACAGUUUUAAUUAAAAUUCUUAUGAACAAGUUUAAUUUUGGGGGAAUGCCAAGCUAUCUCUAGUCAUGUCACUUUUUUACCAAAGCACAGGUUACAUCAAUCUUUGAAAUUAUUUGAAUAGUCUUUAAUCAAGAGCCUUCUGUAUUAAAAAGUGCAUUAGGCCUUUUGUUUGUGGCCAGAUUUGUCUUGAACACAUCUACAUACUUGGUCUUGGCAACAGAAUUCCAAUGAAGAGCUCCUUGUCUAAUUUAAUAGAUGUUAAUUAAAAGUGAGACUUGGUGGCAGAUGACAACUCUUAAAGAACUAUUCAUCAAUUCCUUUUGCAGAGACAAAAAGAGCUUUUAACCAUUGGGCAUGAAGCAGUCAGCCAAUACAGAAAUAUAGGGGAAAUGAUUAAACAAACCUGAUAUGAGAAUUAUGGUGACAUUUUAAAAUGGCAACACUGGUAAAGUAGUAUUACGGUUCAUGUGAUUGUUGGGUUAGAAGUCUUUUAGGAGCUGAACAGUCUUUGCUGCUUUGCUCAAUAAUUCAAAACUAUUAUUGGCAUAUCCAAUUAAAUGGGUCACUGCUUCUACUAUGAUAGUUUAUAUUUCUAGUGCUAUUGGCAGAUUUUUAAGUUGUCUAUGAUCACUUGGAUUGAACAUCCUGUCUGAAGAAGCAAGAUACAACUGAUAAUAUGAACAAAAUGUGAAUUGAAUAAAUGUAUGAAGUGAUCACAGCACCCAGUUAAAGUUCCAGAAGCUAUAAUAGGAGCUCUCAUACUAAUAUUGUUUCUGCACCUGCUGCAGCAGCAGUGUGAACCAGCUAGGUGUGACAUUAGUAAGAAAACUGUCCAAUGUAAUUGCAAUCUAUUCUUACAUGAAAAUAUAUACUAGGGAAGAAAUUGCUAGUAAUACAUCUAAAAAAGAAAGAUAAAUAAGAUCAUGGCGGAUUAAUAUCCUCCAGGCUCUCUUGCUGGUGCCCCCAUCAAGCAAAACCAUACAUUUCAUUUUCCCCUGCACUGAGAUAUUUCCAAGAUUGGUAAAUGGCAGAUUCUAAAUCACCAAUCUGUCAGAUGAAAUUUUAUUUGUUUUCAUUUUUAUUCUAAAUCCUCAUAGUUAGCAUUCAGGGAAAUCAUUUAGAUGAUUGCAAGUAGUAUUCAUAAUUUAACCCUAUAACCUAGUCUGACCCCAUCCAGUAUACUAAAGGCUCAACACAAUUGAAAAACUCACUGAAAUCUAGCCACUCAGUUUUUUCCCUAACUCUCUAGUUUCUAUAAAUCAUACUUGGAACUUCUGUUUGUCUUUGGCAGCAUAGGAAUAUUAAGAAUUUACUCCCCUCUACCAUACGUUAUUAUCAGAAUCAAUAGCUGUGCAUUAGCUUUAUACAUAGAACACAGUUGUUCGUUCAUCGUCAUCGAUGAAGACCUCGACACCAUUAUGAUGACGAUGAUGUCGAAACUAGCAUUGAUUUGGAUUUAAGUGAGGGAGAGUUGCGCAGCGUGAGCCUCACUCUCUCUUCCAAUUCCCAUCUGGACCCAGUGGCAAGACAAGAGUCGAGACGGCUGGAGAUGGGACUAGGCGCAGUGGAAGACCAGGACAUCUUCUGUGUCUUGUCAUGGUCUAUGCGUUCCACGAUGCUUGCAGAGACCACCUUCUUGACCAUUGGACCUUCCGUUGGUCUCCUCCACUCAAUCCGCCAGAGUCUGUCUUCACACACUGGGAUAAACAACUCCCUACCUCACUGAGGGUUUGAGACCCAUCGGCUACCCUCACCUGGUUUCGCCGGCUUGUCAAAAGCCGUUGCCCAGGGUGUGGCCACUGUCGCAUGCAAACAGCUACAGGGAGCCACAGGUAACAGCUGAGUGCCGGGUGGGGACCCAAGGAGGACAAACUGCCUGAAAAGGACGCAACAUGUUCCCCCACCAGAGGUGCUACCCCUCCCUGACACCCCAUACACAUAGAACACAGUACAACACAGAAGAUCCCUCAGCUCAAUUCUAUGUUGAAAUAAUGAAACUAGUACAGGUGUCCCCCGCUUUUCAAAUGUUCGCUUUAUGAAACCUCACUUUUACAAAAGACCUACAUUAGUACCCUGUUUUCGCUUUCAGGUGUUUUCACUGUUAGGAAAAAAAUUCAGCGCGCGAUAAAAAGCAGUGCGCGCCCCGAGCAGCCGCUCUCCCUGGAUUCGGAACAGCAUUGCUUUAACACGAGCCUGUGAGCAGUCGAUUGCAAGAUGAGUUCUAUGGUGUCGGGAAAACGCUGAAACAGCUCGUAAGGGUGUUACACAGCGUAAAACUGGACAUAAUUAAGCAUUUCGAUCGUGGUGAACGAAGCAAGGGCAAAGUGAGUUUGGCUUGUGGAAGCUGACGAAGAUGAUGUUGAAGAGGUUUUGGCAUCCCAUGACCAAGAACUGAUAGAUGAAGAGCUGAUGCAAUUGGAAGAGGAAAGGAUAACAAUUGAAACUGAAUGAGUAAUGAUAAAGUACGACUUUAAUUUUGAAAGGGUACGUAGGUUUGGGGGAUAUUUGCAAGAUUCUUUGAGUCCUUACAAAGAACUGUAUGAUAGUAAAAUGCGCGAGACUCAGCAGAAAAGCAAGCCUUCCACAUCAGCCACAGCAGACGACGAGCCUCAACCUUCGACAUCGAGGCGGGCAGUCAUAGGAGGUGAGCUGCCUACCCUGAUCGACGAGAUGACACCCCCAUGUCCCACCACCCCGGACAGAUAGUGUACCGAUUCGCGGAGAAUGCAGCAGUAGCCAGGAGGCACACAG